AAACGUAUGUACUCCCUUGCACCGAUGUCAUCCAACACUCAUUUUCGAAUAAGUUUGACAGUAUUAAACAUAUGUAGAACUAGCAAAAGUGUCAUGUUACGAAAACGUGUUUUUUUUAUCACCAAAAUAAGUGUAAUGGAUUACAUAUAGCAUAAUUGGAGUUUUUAUCAGUAAACCUAUCGUGCGUUAUUUCAUCAGAACAUUUUCUUUAUUUCAUUAAAAAAAAUAUAAAAUAUAAAAUCAUGAAAUUAUUAAUCGUUACAAUAGUGACAUAUCUUUUGAUUAUCAACAUUGGACUAACCAGCAGUGCAAGAAUUCUGGCUAUUUUUCCAAUUCCUUCUUACAGUCAUCAAAUAGUUUAUAAUUCUAUUUGCAAACAUUUAAUUUCACGAGGUCACCAAGUUACUUUAGUUACAACCGAUCCGAUAACCGACACAAAUUUGGAAAAUUUAACUCAGAUUGACGUCAGUCAUAAUUACAAGCAAUACGAGCACUUGAACUUCAUAUCAAUUAGAUCCACGUACUCAUGGUUAGAUAUACUUGACCAUUAUAUAUUUGAAAUAGGUCACAAGUUAUCCGAAAAUAUUUUCGAUCAUUCUGACUUUAAAAAGAUCUAUGCACCUGAUAGCAAUGAGAAGUUCGAUCUUAUCAUAGUCGAAGUAAUUUAUACACCAGCCAUUUACGCAUUUGGACACAGGUUUAAAGCUCCUUUGAUAGGUAUGAUUUCGAUGGGGCCUCUACAAAUAUCUCAUUUUAUGGUUGGUAAUCCAGUGAUACCGUCACAUCCUUCAUCCUACGAGAUAAAUAAAGACUUUGAUAAAAAUUUACCACUUUGGAAAAGAAUACACAACUAUGUCGUAAUAUGGUGGCACAUACAUGUAACUUGCUAUUAUAAAAUGUAUAAACCACAACAAGAAAUUGCAGAAAAAUAUUUGGGUAAAAUACCUUCCAUUAGAGAACUAGAAAAGAACAUAAGUAUCCUAUUUGUAAAUCAGCGAGAAGAAAUUUCAUUUACCCGUCCCAAUGUUCCUAAUGUCAUAAAUUUUGGAGGUUUACACAUAGCUAAUAAUAUUACAAGUAAACCUUUACCAAAGGAAUUGAAAGAUUUCAUGGACAAUGCAGUUAAUGGUUUCAUUUACGUUAGCCUUGGAACAAACGUAAAUCCAUCAACGUUUCCGAAAAAAUUGAUAGAUACAUUUUGCCAAGUUUUUUCAAAUUUACCGACGAAGAUUGUAUGGAAAUUCAAGGGAAACUGUUUAAAAAGAUUAGAUAAUUUAUAUACUGCAAAUUGGUUUCCACAACAAAAAAUCCUGGCACAUCCAAAUUUGAAGCUUUUCGUUUAUCAAGGUGGACUUCAAAGUACAGAAGAAGCUAUACACUUUGGUAUACCCCUCGUUGGAAUACCAGUAUUAGCCGAUCAAGAUAUGCUUGUCUUAAAAAUGGUAAGUUUAGGGGUGUGCAAGAGCGUCGAAAUUUUACAAAUGACGAAAGAAGUUUUAAACGAAGCAAUUAUGGAGGUCUUACAUAACAAAAGUUACAAAGAAAACAUGUUGAAACUCAAAAAUCUUAUAGAAGAUAAACCAUUUGACACAAUGGGUAAUGUCAUUUGGUGGAUUGAGUAUGUUAUCCGUCAUAAAGGAGCAAGUCAUCUCCGUUCUAGCAUCGUAGAUGAACCAUGGUAUCAACGAUACGAUACUGAUGUUAUCGCUUUUUUAUCUGUUACUUUGUUUAUAAUUACCAUCCCUAGUCUAUAUAUUGCUUUUAAAUUAUUUGUAAUUAUUAUGAAAUGUUACGCAACUUUAUUGUCCAAAGAAAAAAAGAAAAAGAAAUUAAAAAAAAUAUCUGUAGAGAUAUUUGAAGUCAAGGGGACAUAUUCUCCAGUGCGUUUAAAAGUCGGUAGAAAAUAUAUAAUCAUGAAACUAUUAAUCGUUACAGUAAUAACAUGUCUUUUGACUAUCAACAUUGGAAUUACCAACAGUGCAAGAAUUUUGGCUGUCUUUCCAAUUCCUUCUUACAGUCAUCAAAUAGUUUAUACCUCUAUCUGUAGAAAUUUAAACUUACGAGGUCACCAAGUUACUUUAGUUACUCCCAAUCCGAUAAGCGAUACAAAUUUGACAAAUUUAACCCAGAUUGACAUCAGUUAUAGUUACAAGCUAUUAACAAAUAUCAACUUCUUAGAAGCUAGACCUGUGUACUCAUGGAACGAUUUACUUAAUCUUUAUUUAUUUGAUAUGGGACGAAAUUUCUCUGAGAAUGUUUUUAAACAUCCUGACUUUAAGAAAAUCUACGCACCUGAUAGCAAUGAGAAGUUCGAUGUUAUUCUCGUCGAAGCCAUAAUGACGCCAGCAAUUUAUGGGUUUGGACACAGAUUCAAAGCUCCUUUGAUAGGUAUGCAUUCAUUAGGGCUUGACGUACAUUCUCAUUUUAUCUUUGGAAAUCCAGUGAUACCGUCACAUCCUUCGACCUAUCAGUUUAAAAAAGACAUUGGUUUCAAUUUAUCGUUUUGGGAAAGAGUACACAUUUAUGUCUUAUCAUGGUGGCAUAUGCAUGUUACUUGCAAUAAUAAAGUUUAUAAACCGCAACAAGAAAUUGCAGAAAAAUAUUUAGGUAAAAUACCUUCCGUCAAAGAAUUAGAAAAGAACAUAAGUAUCCUAUUUGUAAAUCAGCGAGAAGAAAUUUCAUUUACCCGGCCCAACGUUCCUAAUAUUAUAAAUAUUGGUGGUUUACACGUAAAAAAUGACAUUCUAAAUAACCCUUUACCAAAGGAAUUGAAAGAUUUCAUAGACAAUGCAGUUAAUGGUUUCAUUUACGUUAGCCUUGGAACAAACGUAAAUCCAUCAAAAUUUACGAAAAAAAUAGUAGAUACAUUUUGUCAUGUUUUUUCAAAUUUACCGACAAAUGUUGUAUGGAAAUUCAAUGGAAAUUGUUCAAAAAGAUUAGAUAAUUUAUACACUGCAAAUUGGUUUCCACAACAAAAAAUCCUGGCACAUCCAAAUUUGAAGCUUUUCGUUUAUCAAGGUGGACUUCAAAGUACAGAAGAAGCUAUACACUUUGGUAUACCCCUCGUUGGAAUACCAGUAUUAGCCGAUCAAGAUAUGCUUGUCUUAAAAAUGGUAAGUUUAGGGGUGUGCAAGAGCGUCGAAAUUUUACAAAUGACGAAAGAAGUUUUAAACGAAGCAAUUAUGGAGGUCUUACAUAACAAAAGUUACAAAGAAAACAUGUUGAAACUCAAAAAUCUUAUAGAAGAUAAACCAUUUGACACAAUGGAUAAUGUCAUUUGGUGGAUUGAGUAUGUUAUCCGUCAUAAAGGAGCAAGUCAUCUUCGUUCUAGCAUCGUAGAUGAACCAUGGUAUCAACGAUACGAUACUGAUGUUAUCGCUUUUUUAUCUGUUACAUUGUUUAUAAUUACCGUGCUUAGUCUAUACAUUGCUUUUAAAUUAUUUGUAAUUAUUAUGAAAUGUUACGCAACUUUAUUGUCCAAAGAAAAAAAGAAAAAGAAAUUAAGCUAAUUUGUAAUCGUAAUCGAAAACUAAAAUAUAUUUAAAUUAAUUUUUUAAAACUUUUUAGAUAAGAUAACAAAAAAAGAGUACAUAAGUAGAUAAGAUUAUAGCGAAAAAAAAACUAACAUAUGUAUAGAUUGUAUCAGUAAUUUUCACCAGUCACCUUUUACUCUAUUAGAAGUCAUUUUUAUGUAAAUACAUUUAAAAAAAAUAUUUAUAUCUGAAU